AUGUCCGUUCUCCUCGUGGACGUUCUGCUCAUGGAUGGCGGCUGCCCAGUGCUACUAGGAAAAGAGGGGCAGACGAGAUUGAGCGAGAGAGCUAACGGAGCGAACAAGCCUGAGAGCCAGGAGCAUUGGUGCGAAUACAAAUUCCGCCCGUUGAACCUCUGUGAAAGAGGUACGAUGUUCAGCAUGUCUUCAAAUGAUGAUGAGAGGGAUAUGGUAGAUGUGCAACAUGGGCUACAUCAUGCUGAUCGUCAAGCCAAGUAUACAGCUGUUAUUACGAAACAGCCUCCAAGCGACCAACCUAUGCGUUACAGAAGCGAGGCAAAAAAGGGCAACUGCUCCUGUAGCCAGAAAGGGUUCACAACAGCACCUCUUUUGCUUAGAGAUGAUGCCUGGAUAGAAAUUGAGCUGCAGCGUGGAAAUGAACCAAUUCCAGGAAGUAUUGAGGUGACUAUGUAUACCUGUAACAUAGCUGCACAUGAAAGAACUGGUCCUGGACAGUAUUUGCCUCAUCCAUUCCCCUUGAUUGGCACAGGCACGCUGGAUGGAGUGUACAGGAGGGAACACUGUGGCAACCAACCAAUCAGGAUUCCCAGAUUAAAAAUUGAAAAAUGCUCAGGGAAAAAGGUUGAAAACAAUCUGAGAGAUAAGAUUGCAUAUGACUCAAGUGGACAGCUAAAUCAGAUUUUUGAGACAGAUGAUAAGUUGCAACUGAAGACCGGUAUGAAUGGUGUCAGGCUCUGCAUCUGCCUGAAGCUGAUGUUUUCUGACAAAUCAUUUCUGGUUUUGGAUCCUUUAUACUCUAAUCCCAUCAUGGAUACUUCAAAGAUGCCUAAAGAAAGGACAGAAAAGAUUGUCAUGGAGGAAAUCCACCCAUCUUCUGCACCAGGCAGUGAGAGGAAAGAAGUUGGUGUCUGGGGGAUAAAUUUUCAGACAGGUGAUGUGGUAGUAUUCUCUGAGGAAAACACUGGAUGGUCUGCUGAAGUAAAGGUGACAGCAGAUAUGUGUUGUGGACCGAAAAAGAUGAAUAUCCUCACCCCUGUGUAUGAUGGACAGUCAGACUCGAAGGAAAUCAAAGUCGAUGUGUUUGUCCGCCGACAAACUGCGAGUGGACAAAUUGACAGUGAUCAUGUGCCAUUUACCUUUUACCACGAUGAGUAUGGCAUCAUGGCGAGAAGAGCAAGAAAAAAGCUUAAGUGUGGAACUGGGAACCAAACAUUUUCAGUAAAUACUCACACUGAUGUCAUUUAUGCAAGGAGAGUAACAGAUGGUGGUACAGAAUGGCUGUCUGUUUCAUUGGCAUCAGGCUCAAAAUUCGACUCGCUGAGUGGUUCUAAGAGCAGUUCCACGACAUUGCCUGUAAACAAAGCCCAGGUAAACAGUGACUCUGGACACAACAGAUCUUCAUCCCAACCAGGGCAUCCCUUGGAGAAGGCAGUUGGUUAUACCCCCAACAGUUCUGCAGGCAAUUCUCAUUUUAAGGACAUCCAAGGAUCAAGUGGAUCUGGUGAUAAAGAGCAAGGCAUGCAGCAGUCAUUCACUUUUUUUUCUGGGAAUGACUCUGAUACUGAACAAAUCUGUAAAAGAUCAGAUGUUCCUCUUGAUGUGGGGAAAAAUUUGAAAUCUGCAGAUAGGGGAUCUGCAAACGUCCAUUUGAGCACAUCUUCAGCUCGUUCUCAGCAUGUAACACGGCUUGGUGAUUUAGGAGAAAACAACCACAUCGAAAUGUCCAUUGUUGACGAGUCAAACGGUGGUGGACAUAUACCGGAAUACCCGAAAGAUUUUAUAUUAGAAUAUGAUUCUAAAAACACAAAUACAGAUCAAGGUCCCUUAGAUAAUAUAUCAGAAGGAAGUCAUAAAUGUCAGGAUUUAAGAUACGAGGACCUUCAUGUAAAUCCACCGUUUUACGAUACACAACAUGCCUUUACACUGGAGGGAAGGGCCUUAGUAGGCCAGGUCAACCAGGAAGCCACUGGCCAAGCAGACACCUCUGCUCAUGGAACAGAUCUUUCAGCUGAAUGUAUGGAAUUGAUCUCAGAUCUAUCCCAGGUAAAUCCUGUACAAGAAGUUCCCAUUGCAAUUGGGAAUAGAAGCACAUAUCAUGGCUCUUUAUUUGAUUUAGUAGAGUAUAUACCUGAGGAUCUCUUAGACAAGUUAUUUGAAAUAAUAGAGAAAGCAGGACUGACAUGGGAUCACGAAAAGAUUUUUUUUUAAAGUUUUUUUUU